CUGGUUGACUUUUGGUGUCUGGGUCGUCGGAAUUUGGUCUAAAAGUUGAAAACAAGCCUUCUUCUGGUUCUGGAUUCUCAUAGCUAGAUUUCAGUAACAACUGAGAGAAAAAGGUUUCUUGAGUACUCGGGGGUUCUCUCUUCUGCAGAAGGGAAACUAAACAAAGGGAGAGGGAGUAGAAGAAAGCCAAGAGAAAUAAAUGGAUCAGAACUGGAGUGGCUUUCUGAUUGGAUUGGUUGGUGCAGCAAUUACUUUGUCUGCUUAUACACAGACCCUCGUCUCCACUACCCAAUGCAUCGUAAUUGGUUUCCUUGUUCUUAUGUUUGGUCUGCUAGUGAAAGAAGGUUUUAUUUCUCUUUAAACCAAUGUAACAAUCUUCUUUUGUCGACUCUGUAACACUCGGGAAAUCUUGAAUAAAUGAUGGUAUAUUUCUCUGUGGUUCAGUA